UGCCUUUACAGCUUGCUCGAGCCUCCUGUUCUUCGGGAAGCCUCUAGGCCACCUGUACACCCACAGCACACCCAAGCCGUUUCAGAUGUCCUGUGGCCGCCGGCCGGGCUCGUGGACAGCCCCGAGCCCUGUCAUCUGUCAAGCGUUUCUGGACCAGAGCGGCCCAGAGCCCCACUUAGUAAUAAGAUCCUGCUCUUCCUCGGCUAACGUGGACAUGUGCACGGGGCCCAGCCCUGAGUCCAGAUGAUGUUCGUGCCGAUGGCUUCAGUGAUGGCAGUGACUGAACCGAAAUGGGUCUCCGUCUGGAGCCGUUUCCUGUGGCUGAUGCUGCUGAGCAUGGCGCUGGGGUCGCUGCUGGCCCUGGUGCUGCCACUGGGAGCCAUGGAGGAACAGUGCUUAGCCAUACUCAAAGGCUUCUACCUGCUCAGGAGCAAAUUAGACAGGGCACAACAUGCUGCCACCAAGCGCACCAGCCCCUCCACAGAGCUCAGUGUCACCUCCAGAGAGGCGGGGCUGCUGGUGGUCAAGACCAAGGCAUCUACAGCAGGCAGACUGGAAGCCAAAGCAGCUUUGAACCAAGCCCUGGAAAUGAAGCGCCAGGGCAAGCGGGAGAAAGCCCACAAGCUCUUCCUGUAUGCACUCAAGAUGGACCCGGACUAUGUGGAUGCACUCAAUGAGUUCGGCAUCUUCUCAGAAGAAGACAAGGACAUCGUCCAAGCAGAUUACCUGUACACCAGAGCGCUGACCAUCUCACCCUUCCAUGAGAAAGCACUGGUCAACCGGGACCGGACGCUGCCGCUCGUGGAGGAGAUCGACCAGAGGUACUUCAGCAUCAUCGACAGCAAGGUGAGGAAGGUGAUGUCCAUCCCCAAGGGGAACUCGGCGCUUCACAGGGUCAUGGAGGAGACAUACUACCAUCACAUCUACCACACGGUCGCCAUCGAGGGCAACACCCUCACACUCUCCGAGAUCAGGCAUAUCCUGGAGACGCGCUACGCCGUGCCAGGGAAGAGCCUGGAGGAGCAGAAUGAGGUCAUCGGCAUGCACACAGCCAUGAAGUACGUCAACACCACCCUGGUCUCCCGCAUAGGCUCCGUCACCAUCGACAACGUGCUGGAGAUUCACAGGCGGGUGCUGGGGUACGUGGAUCCAGUGGAAGCUGGCAGGUUUCGCAGGACCCAGGUACUGGUGGGACACCAUGUCCCUCCCCAUCCCCAGGACAUGGAGAAGCAGAUGCAGGAGUUCAUACAGUGGCUCAACUCUGAGGAUGCCAUGAACCUGCACCCGGUGGAGUUUGCAGCCUUAGCGCAUUACAAACUCGUCUACAUCCACCCUUUCAUCGACGGCAACGGGAGGACCUCGCGCCUGCUCAUGAACCUCAUCCUGAUGCAAGCAGGCUACCCACCCAUCACCAUCCGCAAGGAGCAGAGGUCCGAGUACUACCAUGUGCUGGAGGUCGCCAACGAGGGCGACGUGAGGCCUUUCAUCCGCUUCAUCGCCAAGUGCACUGAGACCACCCUAGACACUCUGCUUUUUGCCACGACUGAGUACUCGGUGGCACUGCCCGAAGCCAAACCCAACCAUUCCGGGUUCAAGGAGACGCUUCCCGUGAAGCCCUAGCCCUGUCUGUUCUCCCUGUGCAACCAGAGAAGCAGGGGGACGGGAUCCAAGAAACUUAACAGUUCUAGAAACCUUUAAAUGUUCAUUACCUCCAAAAAUUUUUUAGUCAAAGAAAACUAAAUUAUUAAGCCUUGUAUCUAAGAUAACUUAUACUUCAGCAAAGUUAUUUAUUUUCUUUAGAGCAAGCAAUGUAGUGUGUCCGCUGUGGCGCUGCCAGUGGCCGCUGUGUGAGAGGUGGCCCCACACGCUUGGAGGCACCAACACUCUGACCAGAACCAGGGUUCUGGAGCAAAUUUGCACUUAGGUGAGGGAAGGAGGCCAGAGCAGUAGGACAAGGCCCAGAGCCACUGGAAAAGUGACUCCAAGUCUUUCUCUGGGGAGGACCUGUCCCAGUUCUGAGAAAUGUCAGCCACUUUCAGGUCUUUGUGCCCCUGCCACUGUAUUCGCGUGGUGGCCUUUCCUGGUAGAGCCAAGCUUUAAGCUCUGAAGUGAGUGUUGACGUUCCUAGUUAGAUACCUUAUCUCCAGGAGGACCCUCUGAGCCAUAACAGAUGCGGGUGCCCAAGGCUAUUUUUUCACAUGAGACUAUUUUUCUAAUCAAGGAGAGGAGGGCAGCCAGCUUGGUUUUCUUUGUGUAGCAGUGUUGCCCUUGCCCUUCAUUUGCAGCAAUGCAGACCAGAUGUUUUCAUCCAAAGCAGUGAUGGCGAACUUUUUAGAGCUUUUAGUGAUAACAAACAGCCCACUGGCAUGCAUGCCAUAGGUUCACCACCACUGAUGUAUAAGUUCUCUGGGUUCAUCGCCCAAAGCUGCAUCAUGCUGCAAAGCCGGUCUGCCCUCAGCUCCCACUGUUUUCUGGAGGUGAAGUUCCAAAACCCAGCUGAGAAAGACACCACAUCACCCCAAAGCAACAAUCUGAUAAUGAAUUAAAACCAAGUAAACACCUCUGACCGCAGCCAGUGUGUCCCUUUGUUUAGCUGCAUCCACCUGCUGUCCCUGCACCACCUUGCACAGCCAUCAUACUGUCCAGUGUGCCCCUUCGGGAAGCGAGAUUGUCUUUGAGUGGCCUUAUUUUUCUAGCGUCUUGUAGAAUGAUAAAAUGUCAUAUAUAAAAUGGCCAGGUUUCUAAGUUGUCAUCUUAUGGAAACAGGAUCUUUCAAUCAUUUAUGGCACAAGGACCAGUUCAACUGCUGCUGUUUAGUCAGAAAGGCAGGAAAUCACUAGUUUCCCUUUCCCUUUGGUGAUGCUUCAGUGAUGUUGACCAUACUCAAAGUGGUGUCAUGUCUUUGAUUUUUACAUAUAGUUCCUGAUGGUCACAAAGUCUCUACUUAGAUGUGUGUAUUCAGUUACUUGUUUGUGUAAGUGGCAGAUUUCAGAGUCACUUUGUGAAAGGUUAAGAAAAAUAAGUGAGAAGCUGUAUGAAAUGGCUCCAAAUGAUAGUUGCUCAAACCUGAAUAAAAAAUGUUCUCAUAGUGGAUGCUGCCGUGAGGCAUUUCUUAAACCUGAGCUCUUCUGCUGUCUUGGUUCUAUAAGCACAGUAAGGAGGGCCAACAGGUGUGCUCACUUUGUCCUUUAGUGAGAGAAUUUGCACUUUAGUUGUACGUGAAGGAUAUUAUUAACAAGUUACUGAUUCUAAUAAAGUAUUUUAUUAUAUAAA